AUGUAUACACCACCGCAAACAUUCACCCCCUAUGAACUGUCCAACCUACCCGACAAGAAGAAACUCGUCGAUCAAUUUGUCGGCAGGAAUCUGAACGAACUCAGAACCCCUGCGAUGAUCAUAGAUCGAGGCGUAUUUGCAUCAAAUUGCGAAAAGAUGCACGAGAAGGCUCUGAGCUGGGGUACGGGUUUCAGAGCACAUUUGAAAACUCACAAGACAACCGAAGGAACACGCUUGCAGCUUAGUUCCAAAACUGCAACGACAAACGCAGUUGUCGUGUCUACUCUGAUGGAAGCUUGGAAUGUUGUCAAGUCGGGUUUAUUCAACGAUGGAACUGUCAAUGAUCUUCUAUAUGGUUUGCCCGUGACUCAGAACAAGAUUGAGGACCUUUCAAACCUAUGGGAUGAAGUUGCAACAAGCGGCGGUGUUGUUCGCUGCCUCAUCGACCAUCCCUACCAGGCACAUUGUCUGGAGCACUUCGAAAAGAGCAGGUCAACAUCAAGAAAGUGGUCUGUAUUUGUAAAGGUGGAUGGCGGUCAAAAGCGUGCCGGAAUAUCCAUUGAUUCACCUGAAUUCGAAUCGCUUAUAAAAACACUCUUCUCGUCUACAAUUAUAUCUGUUUAUGGCUUUUACUGUCAUGCCGGAAAUGCAUACGCGUCGACAUCUUUCCCUGAGGCUUCAUCCUUCUUGUCGUCGGAGGUGGAUACAGUGAAUAAUGCCGCUGGGUUGGCACUGGAAAUAGUAUCAAAAGCAGGAAUGAAUCCGCCCGAUGAACCACUUGUUUUGUCUGUAGGAUCAACACCAACUGCCCAUGCCGCUUCCAAGGAGAGUCGAGAAAAGUUGUCGUCCUUGCUUCAUGGGACACUGGAACUCCAUGCCGGAAAUUAUCCUAUGCUCGAUCUUCAACAGGAACAUACAAGUCUGAUUGAUUCAACCAGAAUCGCGCAGCGGGUGCGAGUUACGGUUGUCUCAUACUAUCCCGGACGAGGAAAGGAAGGUACGGAUGAGGCGCUGGUAGAUGGAGGCGCCAUCGCCUUCAGCAAGGAUACAGGGCCGUCAGGAGGGUUUGGAAGGGUGAUCGGGACAGAUUGGCAGCUAGGGAGGAUCUCGCAGGAACAUGGACUUUUAACGAGAACAAAACCGGUUGGGCCAGAGGACCAACUUGACUUGGGACAGCCGGUGGACAUUGUUGGCCAGCAUGCAUGCUUGAUUGCUGCAGCUUAUCCGUGGUAUUAUAUCGUAGACUCUACAGUUGCAGAAGGAAAAGAGGUUGUCGACGUUUGGGUUCCUUGGAAAGGAUGGUAA